CCUAAUUAGCUCUGGUUUCAGGUUCGGCAAGCUCGGUGAGAGGUUUGGCGCACUUGCUCUGGAUUUCUGCUCCCGCCUUUCCCAAGUCCAAAUCACUUACCGUUCAACUGCCGCGAAGGAGGAUUUUGGUGUGACGAAUUGGUUUCGAUUUUUCCAUGGAGCUGAGGAUUACGUAACUGUUUUCUAGCAGAGUAGGAAUCGAACUGCGAAUUGGACUGAUCCGCUGCGAAUUGCUUAGGUGCUUGGUUUUUUAGAAUCUUCUGGGCGGUGAAACCAGUGCUGUAAGGAGUCAUGGCCCAGCAACGAAAUCUGUUUUCAUUCUUUAAAAAAGGUCAAGAGGGUCCCUCGAGAGGGAGCUCCUCAAGUUCUCCUUUGCACGGUAUAGACGGCAAGAAGCAAGCGAAUUCCAUAGAGUUUAGGCAGCAGCAUGCGCAGUCAGAGAAUACCAUCACAAAAAGCACUCAAUAUUCUGAGGAUAACAUUGGAAGUAGUGGUUCACCUGCGUCCAGUCCAAAUCUCGAAUCUACUCCUCUGAAAAACUCGAAAGAGGCGUUAUGGUCCAAGUUUAAGCCCCCUGCGACUGCCUCAAUUGUUGUAAAACCUCCUGCCUCUGCCUUCACUGUUGCAAAACCUCCUGAUUCAGAUUUAAAUGGUGCAACUUCAAGACCAUUUAUUCCUCGACUCAAACGCGUUCAAGAUGAGGUGUCGCAAGGUGAUUCUCCCGGUGGAACUUGUAACUCAACUUCAGAUUCAAACAAGAGAAGGAAGCUGAUGGAUGUGUUAGGAGUAGAGGAAGGGCUUCCGCAGGGAAGCAAGUGGGCAGCUGCUGCAGCUAAGUUCGAGUGGCUGCUGCCCAAUAAGAUCAAAGACGCUAUGGGAAGAAGACCUGAUCACCCACUGUACGACAAGAGAACCUUGCACAUCCCUCCUGAUGUUUUGUCGAAAAUGACAGCCUCACAAAGACAGUACUGGACGGCGAAGAGCAAGUAUAUGGAUACCGUGCUUUUCUUCAAAGUGGGCAAAUUCUACGAGCUCUAUGAAUUUGACGCAGAGAUUGGACAGAAGGAAAUGGACUGGAAGCUCACUCUUAGUGGCGUCGGCAAAUGUAGACAGGUUGGCGUUCCAGAAAGCGGGAUUGAUGACGCUGUUCAGAAAUUGGUUGCUCGGGGGUACAAAGUGGGAAGAGUAGAGCAACUUGAGACAUCUGAGCAAGCCAAGCAGCGUGGAGGUGGGAUGGUUCAGCGUGACCUUACCCACGUCGUUACUCCUUCGACCAGGCUUGAUGGAAAUUUGCGUCCCGAAGCUGUUCACCUUCUUGCUUUGAGGGAGGAUACUUUGGAUGGGCCCCACGACAAUGCAUUGAGCCAAGGGUCUGUAGCUAUCGGGUUUGCCUUUGUAGAUGCUGCAGCUGGCAAGUUUUACGUUGGAACGAUCAACGAUGAUUGCUCACGUUCAGCCUUGGAGUCGCUUCUAGCUCAGGUUGCUCCUCAAGAAAUUCUAUACGAAUUGGGAGCGGUCUCUAAUGACACGUUAAAGCUGCUUCGCCAUCGGACCACUCCAGGCCAGCUUCCCGUUAUGAUGACGCCUCUGACGGAUGAAUUCCAGGAGGCAAACUUUGCGAUGAAGCUGAUGAAGGAUAAGAAAUACUUCCGUUCAGGUGGUAGUUCAGGUGAUUUCAGGGGUCCAUGGCCAGAAGCUCUGGAGAUUUUAACUAACAAGCAUCUGGCUGCUAGUGCUCUCGGAGCUCUUGUUGCACAUUUGACACGGAUGAAAGUGAACGAUGAGUUGUUACCAAAUGGUGUUCUUCUUUCUUAUGAAGUAUUUCGUGGAUCACUUAGACUUGAUGGACAAUCCAUCGUAAACCUUGAACUUCUUGAGAAUAAGGAUGAUGGAUCACGAGCAGGUACAUUGCUUGAUUACUUGGACAAAUGUGUGACCAAAUUUGGUAAGCGCAUGUUAAGGCGUUGGAUCUGCCAUCCUUUGCAAAACACAGCGGAGCUCAAUGAUCGUUUAGAUGCAGUGGAGGAGCUUUCAAGUCGUGAGGAGAUGGCUUGUUUGAUAAGGGAGGACUUGCGUGUGCUACCUGAUCUUGAAAGAUUGGUUGCCCGGGUUAGAGGACUCGCGGGGUCUUCAAAUCUUGGAGUUGUCCCUAUGGCUGCUAAAAAAGUACACCAACGGCGGAUGAAAACUUUUGGAGAAGCUGUUCAAGCAUUACGGGGAGGUUUCGAGUUACUGGAGAAGCUACAGUCUUGUAGAGAUGGGUUGGGUCCUCCAAAAGCGCGUCUAUUGGAGGCUGCAAUGUCUUUAGGUGAUGGGAAUGCUGCUUUGGAUACCCUUGAAGCUAUUGACAGUUGCAUCGAUCGAAGUUCAAGUGCUAUCAAAUUGUAUUCAAAGGGAGGAGCUACAGAUGAUGAUAAUGAUAGCGAUAGUGAUGAACUGUCUGCCUUGGAAAAAGAAGCGGAGAGUUUGAUGAAGGUCAUGCUUAGCUUCAACGAACAUAGUGAGCUAUGGCAAGCGGCGGUUGAAACCCUUGCGCGAUUGGAUAUUUUAAUCAGUUUUGCUGCAAUUUCAAAAAUUGCAGCUGGACCUACAUGUAGACCACAGUUUGUACAAAAUAACAAUGUUGGUCUUGGAGGUUCUAUUCUUGAUAUCAAGGGCCUCUGGCAUCCAUAUGGUUCUGGUGGAAAUGGAGGUGUAAUUGUACCUAAUGAUGUGGAGCUUGGAACAACUCGCAAGGAAUCCUCUGUCAAUCCUAGAACAAUGCUCUUGACUGGUCCAAACAUGGGCGGCAAGUCUACUUUACUGAGGGCAACAUGCCUGGCUGUUAUAAUGGCUCAGCUAGGGUGUUUUGUACCUGGAAAUUCUUGCCGGCUUUCCCCAGUAGACACCAUCUUUACUCGGCUUGGUGCCAGUGAUCGUAUCAUGGAAGGACAUAGCACAUUCAUGGUGGAGUGUACAGAAGCUGCUUCUGUAUUAAGGCACGCAACCAACAACUCUCUGGUAGUGUUGGAUGAGCUUGGUCGUGGAACUUCAACAUUUGAUGGCUAUGCCAUUGCAUAUGCGGUGCUUCGGCAUGUUGUUGAUACCCUGGAUUGCCGGCUACUUUUUGCUACGCACUACCAUGCUUUGACCACCGAGUUUGCUUCUCAUCCUUCUGUUGGACUUCGGCACAUGGCAUGUUCUCUGCUACAGUCCGAUUACAAAAGUGGAAAAUCCAUUGGCGAGCAGGAGAUUGUAUUCUUGUACAAACUCACGGAGGGUGUCUGUCAGCAGAGCUACGGGCUUCAAGUUGCAACGCUUGCAGGGCUUCCGCCCUCACUGGUUCGCUCAGCUGAAUGUGCCAGUAAUGCAAUCAAGACAAAAAUUUCCUCCGCUUUUGAUGCUGCCCUCGUCAAGGAGGGUCUGCCUCAUUUACACAUGCAGUGGUUUGCAGCCCUCGUAGAGGCAUUCAGCUUUGAUGAAGAUGACUUUAUGGAAACUUUCAUUUGUAUAUGGGAGGAGAUGCGCCGGUCAUCGGUUUGAUCAGUGCGAAGACUAUAAGACCUUUAGUCUUAAAGUACAAUGGUUGUCGUGUAAUAUAGUAUCUGGCGUUUGGAGGAUGGACAAUGAGCAGGCGUUCAUAGUGAUUUUGAAGCUAUUUUUGUACCGAAAGGCUGCUAACGUAAUAUGAACUAGAAUAAAAAUCCGUAAAAGUCCAUGCAUGGAUAAGGUCGAGUAGCAAACAACGGCACUCGUACCUGGUAUGGUGCAUGCAGGGUGACCACCAUUGUUAUCCACCAAAACCAACCCCGAUUGGGUAGGAACAGACAUCUCUGGUUCCAGAGUUAAAAACGAA